AUGUCGCCGGUCGCUCGCCGGUCGCUCGGUCGCGGCCCCGCCGGCCCGGCCCGGCCCCGCCGCGCACGCGCCUCCCGCCGCUUCCGGGCGGCCGCUCCGCGCCGCCGCAUCGAUGUCCCGCGCCCGCUCCGCCGCGCCGCCGCCGCCGCCGCCACCGCCGCCGCCGCCGCCGCCACCGGGCCCGGCCGCCGCCUGCUGCUCUCCACCCCCAUCUUCUACGCGAACGGGCCGCCGCACAUCGGGCACCUGUACUCGGCGCUGCUGGCCGACGCGCUGCUCCGCCACCGCCGCCUGCGCGCCGCCGGCCCGGCCCGGCUCUGCACGGGUCAGCGAAGCCCCCGCUCCGAGCCCCUUCCCCGGGGCUGACCCCUUCUGCCGGGGCUGACCCCUUCUGCCGGGGCUGACUCC